GUGGUCGUGCUGGAGAUGGAGGAGGUGUCGGACUGUGACAGUGAGGAGACGAUUGUGGAGGCGUCGCUCCCGGACAGCGGCGGCGAGGACGAAGAGCUCCGACUGGACAGGAUGCUGUUCAUUCAAAGAAAUGCUUUUCAGCUUUAUCAUACAAUGAGUGAUUUCACUUCAGGCAAGGAAGCAACAUUUGGAGGAAGUUCUUCACCUGUGAUACAGAUGAUUCCUAAAACCAAAUGUUUCCGAAUACAUCUUGAAAAUUGUCAACAGCAAGUGAGAAGUCUGGUUUGUGAUGAGGUAACAGAAUCAGAGCAAUCUCAGUCUUUACUGAGGCCUGAUGUGACCUGUUUGGCUGAUGUAUCAAAUGGUGAAAACAUUAACUCUGCAGUGACUCAUGUUUAUGUUGAUCAUAACUACAGUCAAGAAAGAUCACAAGCUAAGGAUAAAACAAUGUUGGAUAUUGAUUUUAUCAACGAUGUGCCAGCAGAGACUACUGAACAAAUAAUUUCUGAAGAAGAAGACUCUCCAGAAAUAAAUCUACUCACAGGCGCUGUUAUUACCCCAGGCAUGUCAACAAAAAAGAGGGGAGUAUCGUUAUCUAAAGAUAUGUCAGAAACAGACUGCACAGUACAGAAUGUGCCAUCAGUACUCUCAAGACAAGCAUCUUCAUUGGGUCCUGGUGACUCGUCCAUGGUGGAAACCUUGAUAUCAAAUACAUUGCCACCUGAAGCAGAAAUGGCUGAACAACAAAUGCAGGGCUCAUUGACUCAAAGCAUUAUCUCAUCCCAGGAAGAGAAUUUAGUUGCACAAGGCAAUGUUAAUGAGAAAACAAAUUCACAUUCAAGAGACAGUGAGUUAACGCUCACAGAUUUGUUGAGGCCACUGAGCAAUGAAUCUAUGACUAAUACAUUUACACCGAUGAAUAUGUCACCUUUAAUGGAUUCUGAGAUUGCACUGAAUGAUGGUUCAAUAACAGUUGAACCAUUGGCAGAAAGAAAGGAUGCAUUGCCUGUAGAUUUGUUGGCAGCACUGAACAAAAUGCCAUUAAUGGUGUCAGUUACACCAGUCAUUCAGGCAUUAUCAUCAGCAAAUGGCAAAUCAGCAAUUGAUGCUGGCAUUCAAGACAACCUAGGACUCAGGACUGGAACAGUUACACUGCAUGAUAAUGAUACACACGAUGAUGAUGAUGAUCUCACACAAAUAACACAUUGUGAACUGGACUCUCAGCCUUCGAGGAAAACUGAUCAGCCGGAACAGACAAGUAUUGAGUUUUCAAAUAAGAGUGAAACUGAGGUGAAUACUUCUAAAUGUGAGACCAUAGACAAGUUAGCAAAAGAGCCAAUUCUCCAUACAACAGACACAGACUUAACAACCUCUUCCCAACAAGAUAACGUAGCUGGUUCUAUUACCCUUCGGAAAUCAUCUCGGAAAAGAGCUUUAACUGACUUUACCUGUUCCUGCUGUGAGUUUUCUGCUUCUAGAAUACAAAACUUUGAUUUUAACGAUGGAUCAGCAGGUAAAAAGAGAAAAACAAUGUCUCCUGUACAUGAAGAUCUCUCAAAACCGCAAAGCUCAGGAACAACUUACAAGAAUAAUUUAACAUCCAAUGGCCAACAAGCAGCUUGCAAUGAAGUAUCACAUUCUAACAACAGACCAAACCCUAAAACUAGUGUUAACAUUGUUGUUCAGCCUCUGAAUCAUCAAAGACAGUCCAGGCAAAUAUUGAAUUGUGUACGAGGUUGCACAAAUACCAGGAACAGAGAGACAGUUUUGCUAAGAAAUGCCAAAAUCAAGAAAGAAAGGGAAAACAUAGCUAAUGUAGAAUAUGAAAAUCCACGAAGAGCCUUAAAACAUGGAAUGAUGUCUGUAAUGAAUGCAUGUCAGAGUUCAAGAGCUCAAAAAGAAAAUGGUGAGCAUCAUCAUGUCCAGUACCAGGACAGAAAUCUUAGGAAUGAAGCAGAACCUGAUGGUGAACACAUGCAGACUCGAUCUGCCUCCAGCCAUUCUAUCAUCAUAAAUUGUCGCAAGAUUAUGAAUAAAAGGAACGUAUAUGGAGAGACAAAGUUGCAUGAAGCUGCUCUAAAAGGGGAUGUAGAUCUGCUUCGAGCCCUCAUACAAGCAGGUGCCAAUGUAAAUCUGGUAGAUUAUGCAGGUUGGACAGCUCUGCAUGAAGCAAGUGUAGCAGGUUUUCAUGAAGCUGUGGGGUUACUGUUGUCAGCUGAAGCACAUGUAGAUUGUAAAGGCUUGAAUGGUGUGACACCUCUACAGGAUGCAGUGAAAGGUGGACACUUUGAGGUAGUCAGAUUGCUGCUGCAGCAUGGAGCUGACCCCUUUGAAAAAAAUGAAUUAGGGGAAUGUGCAUUACAAGAAACAAUGGAAAUCCAGAUGAAGAGACUAAUCAGAAGCCGUGUACAAGGAAGAGCAGUUGCUGCCAAAGUUGGAGCUAACAGCAACAUUUCAAAUAGUAACAGCUUUAAAAAUUCAAUGGACAGUAAAAAGCUUGAGGAGAGCAGGAAUUCUAAAAUGGCUGCAAUGAGUGACAGAACCCUGACUGUAAAGAGAAAAACAGAAAACACACAUCAAGUAGAAAGUCACAUGGAGUCCAACAAAAAUACCCAAAAUACAGUAGCUACCAGUAAUAUAAUUGAAAAUCAGGUUACAUCUGUGGAUGUGAUACAGCUUCAGAGAAGCGUUACAACUCGUCACAUGUUGAAAUUACAGUCUCAGCUUUCUAGUCAUCCAGAGCAACAGAUAACACAAUGUAACUCUUUAAAUAACAAAUCUCAAGCUGCAGGCAGAGAUGAAAUUCAGAAUGUAGCUACCUCUGUAGCUAUGAAAGAGGUCAUGACAAAGCCCAUUAGUUGCACUUCGGACUCUGUUGUAGUUCCUGAUGGUACAACUGAAGCUGAAAUAGCACUGAGACGAUCUACAAGGAUCAGAAAUUCAAUGUGUGGACUUUCUGACCAAACGGAGAAAACAUCAACAGAAUCCAAACAACCCAGUGCUGAAAACCUCCAACAAAAUAUAUUAACACUUAAACCCUGCAUUGCUGUGAGAAAAAAUACAACAAAAGCUACCCUGAACUGGAAGGAAAAGAUAAAAAUGGAAAAACGAACAAGCCAAGAGAGCAGGAAUUCUAAAAUGGCUGCAAUGAGUGACAGAGCCCUGACCCUAAAGAGAAAAACAGAAAACACACAUCAAGCAGAAAGUCACAUGGAGUUCAACAAAAAUACCCAAAAUACAGUAGCUACCAGUAAUAUAAUUGAAAAUCAGGUUACAUCUGUGGAUGUCAUACAGCCUCAGAGAAGCGUUACAACUCGUCACAUGGUGAAAUUACAGUCUCAGCUUUCUAGUCAUCCAGAGCAACAGAUAACACAAUGUAACUCUUUAAAUAACAAAUCUCAAGCUGCAGGCAGAGAUGAAAUUCAGAAUGUAGUUUCCUCUGUAGCUUUGAAAGAGGUCAUGACAGAGCCCAUUAGUUGCACUUCAGUCUCUGUUAUAGUUCCUGAUGGUACAACUGAAGCUGAAAUAGCACUGAGACGAUCUGCAAGGAUCAGAAAUUCAGUGUGUCAACUUUCUGACCAAAUGGAGAAAACAACAGAAUACAAACAACCCAGUGCUGAAAACCUCCAACAAAAUAUAUUAACACUUAAACCCUGCUUGGCUGGGAGUGAAAAUACAAUAAAAGCUACACUGAGCUGUAAGGAAAAGAUAAAAAUGGAAGAGAGAACAAGCCAAGAGAGCAGGAAUUCAAAAAUGGCUGCGAUGAAUGACAGAAUCCUGAUCCUAAAGAGAAAAACAGAAAACACAAAUCAAGCAGAAAGUCACAUGGAGUCCAACAAAAAUACCCAAAAUACAGUAGCUACCAGUAAUAUAAUUGAAAAUCAGGCUACAUCUGUGGAUGUGAGACAGCCUCAGAGAAGCGUUACAACUCGUCACAUGUUGAAAUUACAGUCUCAGCUUUCUAGUCAUUCAGAACAACAGAUAACACAAUGUAACUCUUUAAAUAACAAAUCUCAAGCUGCAGGCAGAGAUGAAAUUCAGAAUGUAGCUUCCUCUGUAGAUGUGAAGGGGACCAAGACAUCUGAACCUAUUAAUUUCACUUCUGACUCUGUUGUAGUUCCUGAUGGUACAACUGAAGCUGAAAUAGCACUGAGACGAUCUACAAGGAUCAGAAAUUCAAUGAGUGGACUUACUAGUAAAACUGAGGAAACAUCAACAGGAUCCAAACAACCUAGUGCUGAAAAUUUCCAACAAAAUAUUUUAACACUUAAACCCUGUGUGGCUUUGAGCAAAAGUACAACAAAAGCUACUAUGAAUUAUCAGGAAAAGAUAAGAAUGGAAAAAGGAACAAGCCAUCAGAGCAGGAAUUCUAAAAUGGCUGCGAUGAAUGACAGAACCCUGACCGUAAAGAGAAAAACAGAAAACACACAUCAAGCAAAAAGUCACAUGGAGUCCAACAAAAAAACCCAAAACACAGUAGCUACCUGUAUUGUAAUGGAAAAUCAGGCUACAUCUGUGCAUAUGAGACAGCCUCAGAGAAAUGUUACUACUCGUCACAUGUUGAAAAUACAGUCUCAGCUUUCUAGUCAUUCAGAACAACAGAUAAUACAAUGUAACUCUUUAAAUAACAAAUCUCAAGCUGCAGGCAGAGAUGAAAUUCAGAAUGUAACUUCCUCUGUAGCUAUGAGGGAAACCGAACCCAAACCUAUUAGUUGCACUUCUGGCUCUCUUGUACUUCCUAAUGGUCCAACUGACGCUCAGAUAGCGCUGAGACGAUCUACAAGGAUCAGAAAUUCAAUGUGUCGACUUUCUGACCAAACUGAGAAAAUAUCAACUGAUUCCAAACAACCCAGUGCUGAAAACCUCCAACAAAAUAUAUUAACAGUUAAACCCUGCAUGGCUGUGAGAAAAAAUACAACAAAAGUGACCCUGAACUAUCAAGAAAGGAUAGGAAUGGAAGAAGAAACAAGCCAAGAGAGCAGGAAUUCUAAAAUUGCUGAGAUGAGUGACAGAACCCUGACCCUGAAGAGAAAAACAGAAAACACACACCAAGCAGAAAGUGACGUAGAGUCCAAAAAAAAGAUCCAAAAUACAGUAGCUACCUGUAUUGUAAUGGAAAAUCAGAUGAAGUCUGUGGAUGUUAGACUGCCUCAGAGAAGUGUUACUCCUCAUCACAUAUUGAAAUUACAGUCUCAGCUUUCUAGUCAUUCAGGACAACAGAUAAUACAAUGUAACUCUUUAAAUAGCAAAUCUCAAGCUGCAGGCAGAGAUGAAAAUCAGACCGUAGCUUCCUCUGUAACUAUGAAAGAGAUCAAGACAAAACCCAUUAGUUGCACUUCUGGCUUUGUUGUAGUUCCUGAUGGUACAUCUGAAGCUGAAAUAGCACUGAGACAAUCUAUAAGGAUCAGAAAUUCAAUGUGUGGACUUUCUGACCAAACGGAGAAAACAUCAACAGAAUCCAAACAACCCAGUGCUGAAAACCUCCAACAAAAUAUACUUAAACCCUGCAUGGCUGGGAGUGAAAAUAGAAUGAUCGCCCCUCUGAACUAUCAAGAAAGCUUCAAGGUACUCACAGCAAAUCGACUAAACUCUCCAAAUAUGGAAACUAACUCAGCUGAUAAACUUUGCACAGUGAACAUGUUACAAAGUGUGAGUAACAAAUCCAAUACCAACAACACAACAAACAAUAAAUUAGGUACAAUAGAAAUGCUGGAUGCAAGCAUUAGUAAUGUGCAGCCAGCACAGCUGAAAAAAACUUCAAAUCAUUCACAACAUUCAUCACCAAAACCACAAACUAAAGACGAUGUGAUGAACAUAAAAACCAUUUGUGAGAAUAAUGUGAUAUUGGUUCCAAAAACCUUUGUUCAAGGACACACAGAAAACAACAUUGAUGAUCACUCCAUCGAUCAUGCAAUUUCACUGGAAACGGGGAAAUAUAAUUUUCAUAAUGAUGUUGAUUCCACAGAAUACUCUGACUCUGCUAGACAUUUGUCAAGCAUGGAAUAUAGUAGAACUACUGAGUCAAAUACGAUGGGUGAGAGUAGGAAGCAUGAACCCACCAAAAACAAAGUCUCAGAAGAGAAUUGUGAAUGCAGUGUAGAAGCUUCUGUCAUAUUAAAACAGAGAUGCAGUGACUCCAUGAUUUCUGAAUAUGAAUCUGCGGAGAAGCCAUUUGUUUCUAUGAUCUCAGAAUGUGUGUCCUCACAGCAAGAAUCCAAUUGUUCUACAGCGUCAGAUUAUGAAAGACUUGAUAACGGGAUCACAGAAUAUAAAUUAAGUAGCAAUGUGGUCCCUACUGGAGAUGUUAGUAAGGCAGUGAUAUUUGAACCAGUUACUCUCAGAGAAAAACCCAAAGGAGUCAUGUCCGUGACUGAUCAAUCUAUUAGCAGUGCUUCCACUUGUGAGACAGUCUCAAUUUAUGAGUUUAGUCCUGCAGCUACAAAUUCACACCCAGGCCCUCAAACAUAUUUGAAUGAAUCUAAUGCCAACACAACUGGACUGAGAAUCAAUAAGCUACAUGUUGCAUGCCCCUUGUCCAUGGCAAUUAACAUGGAAAUAACUAAAGAAGCAAAUGUAAAUGAAGCCAGAGAUAACUUUGCAAGGAACAAGUGCAAAGGAUCAAUGCAAGACCUCAUUAAAAAUGGCUCUGCCCCUGUAACUCAAACAGAAGGCAAUGAUGAUCAAAGGAAUAAACUGCAAGUGACUAAGAGAAUGCACAGCAUACAAUCUACAAAUAUGAAAACUGAAGACAAGACAGCAAAGAGAUCUGAUUGUCCAAUGCCUGAUAUUUUUACACCAACCUCUGAAUCUCAUAUUCCAAAACUAAGUGCGCUGAACAAGAAAAAUGGCAAGGGAGAGACUCGUCUACACCUUGCUGCGAUGAAGGGAGAUUUAACUUCUGUGAGAUCUCUAAUCUCAGCUGGAAUCGAUAUAAAUAGCAAGGACAAUGCAGGUUGGACAGCGCUUCAUGAAGCUUGUAGCAGAGGCUUUAUUAAUAUCAUACAAGAAUUACUGAAAGCCGGUGCUGAUGUCAAUAGUCGUGGAAUGCAUGGGGUGUUACCAUUGCAUGAUGCUGUGAGCGGGUCUCAUUAUGAGGCUGUGAAACUCCUGUUACAGUAUGGAGCUGAUCCUAAACAGAAGAGUGCAGCUGGAAGGAGUGCUUUUGAUGAACUCGCUGAUGAUAAGAUUAAAGAUCUACUUGAGACUCACUGCGAUGGUGAGGUGACUGUUCAUGAACAAUCACAGCCAAUUAUAGAUCAACAAAAUGUAGAGUACCGGGAGGAAGAGAAGCUGACAGAAAGCAUCGCAGGAGAUCCAACUGCACCACAUGACCUAACUAAGCAGAUGCCUCAGGAUGGGCUGGUCGGGUCUUCAGUGAGAACCUCAUCUGGUCCUUCAAAUGACAACUGUGCCUCUUGUGAUGAUAAGCAAAUUCCACCACCUUUACACAAUGCAAAGGACUUAGAGAGCCCACCCAAUUAUAUUUUACAGCAUGAGUCAAUUACAAUGACAUUGAAUGAAAUAGAAAUGAAGGAAGAAAGGAUGAUGAAAUGUAAACUCAAGGAGCAUGAAAACGCAGCUCAGUUUGAGCUGGAGUUGUCCCAGGUACAGAAGGUUUUAAAUGAAGUACUUACGAAACAUAAGGCUGAAAAGGAAGAUCUUGUGAAAAAAAUUAGAUCCACUUACAAGGACGAGGUGAUGUUUCCAGCAGGCAUGACAGGCUCCCUAUUCUGGGCCCUGAAAUAUUCCAUUCUUCCAUGUGUAGCGAUAUCUCCAGGAUCAUUCAAACAGGGCACACUACAGAAACAACUAACAGCUUUAGUCUCUCGACAAAGGAGAUUUCUAAAUCUACUACGGAAAAGAAAAGCAUUAGACCAGAAGUUGCGCAAUUACAAAUUAAAACAGCAAGUGCAGCAAAAUAAUACAGUAAAUCCAACCAAAAGUUUGGCUUGUACUAUUGAGAGCAGCAUCAGGACCGUCACAAGCUCAAAAGAAGGACAAGUUUGGAAUCAAAGUGAGGAACUGAGUGCUAAUUCUGCCAUAGAAACAUCUAAAGAAACAUACAUACCUUGUCCAUCUUCCAAUCCAGAAUGCAUACAAAAACAGAUUUGUUUGAAUCAGGGUGAGACAGGUAUUGCUGCCAAUCAGAAUACAAAUCAAAGAGAUAUUCUGCAAGAAAAUACAGCUGGGUGUCGCAAUGAAAGAUCUGAUAGUGCUUGUCUGCUAAACGGCACAAGUAGUAACAGCAAUAUAACAGCAAUAGGUAUUUCCAAAUCUGUGUCAAACAAACAGAAUUCAAAUACUUUGCCGCUACAUUCUCUUGACGCAUCACAUGUUCAAAUGGAAACAUUAAACACAAAACAAACUGACUACACAAAUUUAACAGCAUGCAGUACCUCUGGCCAGAAUUGUCUUUUGAAUACCAUACGGUCAACUAAUAAUGUAGAAAAGAAUUUUGAAAAUAAUACUAAUUAUACACUCUUGAACACAGAAAAAUCCUGUGCUAAUCACAAGGAGGUCGUCAACACAAAUCCAAUUCAAAUCUGCCAUAACAGUCAAAAUAUUAAUUUUCUAUCAGUUGUCACACAACCUGUAAUAACAUUUCCACAAAAGAAUUCAGGGCAGACAUGUACUAUCCAACCCAUAACAUUACAAUCGAAAUCAUUGUUGCCAAGUACAUCACGUUGGGUCGGGAAUUACCAACAGAGUUUGCAUUCUAACACUGCAAAACUGAGUGGUAUAUGUCAGCCUGUUGGGAUGUUAAAUGCUGUUCAUACAAAUCAGUGCACUAUGCCAGUAAAGACCACUCAGGUUACCCAGAACAUUCAAAAUGACAACUUGGUGAGUGUUUCCACUCUGUCUGGAAAACAGAAUGAUUCAGAAUCUCUACCAGAGGAUAAAGGAAGUGGACACAGAAAGCUGCUACACUUAAUAGACUUAAUCAGUGAUGGAUUAAUUCAGCCGGGAGAAGAUGUCCUGGAAGUCAAACUGCAGGGAUCUUGUCAUAAAGCUGAAUUACUGGCUUCUGGUUUAAUCAAAAGCAAAGAUGGAGCCAUCCAUCGUAAUCCUGUGCAAUGGAUCAAAGCACUUCUAGGAGAUCAAAUACCAGUCAGCAAGAAAUUCGCAUGGAGCAAGGUUACAUACAAAAAAAAAGAACUUUCUGAAUACAGUUCAAUGACUAAAUCAUCAUCCAAGCUUCCAGAAAUGCAUCCUAUUUCACAGUCAACUACAUUAACAGAUAAAACAUCUUCAAUGCCUCCACAGUGCAGAACUUUCAGAGAUCCCUCUCCCAAGAUUCAGAAAGAGAAACCCAGCAGCAAUUUCAUGCAGUUUCAUGAGAUUCUCCUUAUAAGAAAUGAAGAAUUUCUGCCAUGUCACAUUAUGGAUCAGUACUGGAAGUUCUACACAGAGUGUGACGAAUGGAAUUUCUAAAGUUACUCUUAAUACAAAUGCCUUUUUUGAUGAUAAGUCAGGGCAAUAUCCACCUCUUUCUCAAAAUUGUGGCUCAUAGGCAGUAACAAACCAUUGUAGAAACAUGGAUGUUGUAAUUUGAAAUCAAUGUUAAUAGUUUCCCUUCAUAAUGCUGAUUUUUGAAACUUUCCCCAGCAUUAUUUGCAAUAAAGGUUAACAUUUGGUUAUGGUUUUUCUAUUUACUUUGGUUUUGAUACUUUCCCAUGUUAAACUGGAUAAUGACUUUAAAACUGAAGCUUUGGUCAUAACCAAAACAAAAUCUGUUGAAAUCAUUCACUUACCCAUUCGUCCUUUGCAGGUAGUAAAAUUUAAAUAAUGAACAUCAAUAAGUCAGUGAGAGAUGGACAAAUAUGAAAGAAAUAUGAAUACAUUUCUGAAACUUACAAAGGAGAAGUGUGAGAUUCUGCUUUAAUUCAACUGUAUUACAUUACACAAGUUAAAAGACAUAUUUAGUCCGAUUCUUUUAGCUGAAGAGUUUGUCAUUCGGUCUUUCUGUGUUUCUCUACCAAAAUGGUUAGCAAAGUGCAUGUAAUUCAGUUAAAAUUGUCACAUGUUUAACAGUUAUUGCUUUUAUUCUUCUUGCAUUGUGUGCUUGUGUUAUCAGAAUAAAAGGGACAAUGAUCAUUUGAGAGGAAAAUGUGCUUCACUGCAAGUUGACCAUUUUACUUCCUUUUUUUUCACCAUGCCAUUUAUAUUGAAGUGCAAGGCAUAUUUAGAAAGUUUAGGGAUCACUAUUUCAAAACAGUUACUGCUAAGUGCAGAAGUUAGAUGAUAAAGAAUGCCGAAUUAAAAUUAAGCCACUUUGUAGCUGCAACAAUUGAUCUAUGGAUAUUAUUUAUCAACUUGAAUUUACAUGGCGCCUUUAAUGUGUUGAAAAAUUGUGAGGCAGUUCAUGUGGGUUGGGGCAGUGAGGCUUGUUAUUGAGACAAAAGUGGACACAGAGCCAGAGCAUGAGUUUUUAAGACAGGCAACUAAAAACUUAGUCAGAAUAUAAUAUCUGAAGGAGGAGAUGGAGAGAUUCAGGGAAAAAAUCGAGAUGAGUGAUAUCACAUUGUUUGAUAUAAUGGGCAAUAGCACAGUAGUUAUGUUACUGGAGUGGUAACCCUGAAGUCUAAACUUUCAGGCCAGAUACAUAAGAUCGGGAGAGGUUAGGAAAUUGGAAUUCAGUUAAGUAAAUCAAUCUGGGAUUAAAAACUUUGUACCGGUAAUGGGGGCCAUAAACUACAAGAUUGCUGGACAAUCCCAUGUGGUUUACUAAUGCCCUUGAAGAAAGGAAUUCUCCCCUCCUUACCUGGUCUAGCCUCCAUGUAAGUUUGGACACAGUUGACUCUGAACUACCCUCUCAAAUGACCUGCCAAGUCACCAGUGGGAUUAAAAUAGAUGAAUGUUUGAUUACCAGUGUGGAUAUGAUGGGCCAAAUGGCCUCUUUCUUGUUCUGAAAACUGUACAAUUAAGCUCAUUUCAUUCUGAAGCACUAC